GGCGCGAUAAAGACGCGUAACGUUAAAAAGUAACAAAAUUAAAAGCUUAUACAAGUGCCAGCGCAUACAUAUGUACAUACAUGCAUAGGUGUAAAAUAAAACUUAGCACUAUAAAGAGAGUAAUUAAAUAGCAAAUGUUUUGAUUUUGAUAAAUGGAAAAAUGCUUUAUUAGGUUUGCGAGUGAGUGCAGGUGAAAAACAAUAAUUUUCUGGUUAUGCGCCUGGUUUGCGAACUCCAAUUGUGUUUGAGAACAUUUUUUGUGUAUAAUUAAAAAAAAAAUUGCUAUACAAAUAUAACAAAAGCGAGUGGAAAUAAAAAUAAAACUACGUAGCAGCGAGCAAAACAGAAUAAAAAGAAUAUAUUUUUGUUUCGUUAUUAUGAACUGCCAAUAAGUCAAAGAAGCUGAAAUCAGAACUCGUUUGUGCAAAUAAAUAAACAAUUGGUUCAACAAAAGAAUUAAGAGCAAAGCAGGCACAAAAAUGAUUGUGGAAAGUGAGAAACAAACGUAUACUGCGGUACCGAGUGACAAUAGGCCCGGUGAAAAUAUUACUACCAAAACCGUUAUGGCUGCACCAUCCCAGAAAAGUGAUGUGGAAAAAACAGUGAAACUUGAACCAAAGAGAGCUAGUGAAAAUGCACCCGAACAUCCGCCGACGAGUUAUGCGACUACGCUGAUACACAUCUUCAAGGGCAAUAUUGGACCCGGCCUCUUCGCUAUGGGCGAUGCCUUUAAAAAUGGCGGCCUAGUUUUGGGACCCAUUCUGCUUGUGGUGAUUGGUGUUAUAGCCGUGCAUUGUCAACAUGUGCUCGUGAAUUGCUCUGAAAAGAUGCGAACUCUAACGAAUGGCUUAGUAUGCGCCGACUAUGCCGAUACAGUGGAGCAAUGCUUCGCCAAUGGGCCGAUCAAAUUACGCACCUGGUCGAAAAUGAUGAAAACCAUAGUUAAUAUUUUUAUUUGUGUUACCCAAUUGGGGUUCUGCUGUGUCUACAUGGUUUUCAUUAGUACAAAUAUGAAACAGAUCUUCGAAGCUUAUAAAAUCGAAAUAGACGUGCACUAUAUGAUGCUAAUAAUAUUCGUGCCCAUCUUACUUACCUCGCUGAUAACAAACUUGAAGUGGCUGAUGCCAGUUUCGUUGAUCGCCUCCCUUUGCAUGAUUUUCGGUUUGUCCAUUACAAUAUUUUACGCCCUAAAGGAUGGUCUACCCAGUCCGUCGGAGCGCGUACUUUAUAAUGAUGGUCCGCAUUUGGCACUCUUCUUCGGCACGGCCAUCUUUGCUUUUGAGGGCAUCACUUUGGUGCUGCCACUGCGCAAUGCUAUGCGCAACCCAACGGAUUUUGCACGCAAAAUGGGCGUCCUAAAUACGGGCAUGUGCUUGGUGACAUUUAUGUUUUUAUUUGCCGGCUUUUUGGGCUUUCUUAAGUGGGGUGAGGAUGUGGGUGGCAGUUUGACGCUGAAUCUUGGCGACACAAUCUUGGCGCAAUGCGUGAAGGUAAUGGUGUCGGCGGGUGUGAUGCUCGGUUAUCCGCUGCAAUUCUUUAUCGCCAUACAGAUUAUGUGGCCGAAUGCAAUGCAACUUUUGCACUUGCAAAAUCGUCCCUUCUCCGGUGAGCUGCUCUUCCGCACUGUUAUGGUGGUGGUCACGUUAUCCAUUGCUGAGUUGGUACCCGCUUUGGGUCUCUUCAUGUCCCUCAUCGGCGCGUUGUGCUCCACUGCGUUGGCGUUGGUAUUUCCACCGAUGAUUGAAUUGCUGGUGAAGCGCGAUGAUAAUAAAGGACCUGGCGUUUGGCUAUUCACCAAAAACAUUUUGAUACUCGUAUUGGCGUUGUUGGGCUUCUCUACUGGCACCUAUGAAAGUUUAUCACAAAUUGUAUCACAUUUUAAUGAAAUGGAAUAACAUUUAAGUAAUGCUGUGCAAACGUGCAACUCGAAUAGGUGUACUUUUAUAUGUAGAAUAUAUUGUAUGUAUGUAUGUAUAUUUCUAGCUAAAAUAAGUUUUUGAAUUUAUAAGCAUAGAAGGAAAUGAGAAUGUUUAUGUGCCAAAUGUGAUUUUAGUGAUACGAUUUGUCAGGUAUCAACUUAACUCAUUUUUAAUUUUUA